AUGGCUACUCUACAGCUUUCUACCGCCGACCGCAACAAGGUCAGAGCCCUGUGGGGCGAUGCCAUGGCGGCCAAGGACUACAAAACCGAGCAGGUGAUCCACGAGAUGUUCUCUUCCCUUAUUGAGCAGAGCGAGGACGCCAGAGACUUGUUUGAGAACAAGAAGGUGAGAGCCCAGCAGGAAAAGCUCUUUUCUGAGAUUAUGGCUUUCACCAUGAUGUACCUCCACAACAUCACCGUUUUGGACGAGUGUAUGAACGAGUUCAUCAAGGAAAACCCCCACAUUGUUCGCUGCGGCGUCCGUUACUUGGAACCAAUGGGUGCCGUUUUGAUCCAGUACUUGCGCCAGACGCUUGGCCCACAAUUCCACGCUGGCUUGGAAACCUUGUGGGUGCAAACGUACAUUUACAUUGCCAACUGUAUUUUGCAGAACGAAGAACUGGAUGUUGAGCUGUUGAUCUCCCAGGGUGCUGAGCGCUCUUCUGCCUCUGAGACUGAGCUGAUUGAGGAGACUGCUCCAUUGAAGGUGCCCGCCAGAGCUCCUUCCAGAGCUGCUCCUGAGACCCCAAAGCAGGUGGAGUCUCCUCAGCCUCAGGAGGCUGCUGAGCCCGAAACGCCAACUUUCAAGAGCAGCCCACUUCCUCGUCUUGAGGAGAAGGCUGGCUCUACUAUCCAGAUCAACCUCCAGAAGGAGCAGUACCGUGGAUUCCGCCGCUCUGUCACUGAGAGCCCACAGGACCCUGUCCAGGUGAAGGUUCCUGCUACUUUUGUCAAGCAACCUGCUACUAAGGUUCCUCAGGCUACCAAGCAGACUCAGAAGCCUAAGGUCAAGGCCCCAGAGGCUCCAUUUGACCCUAGAGCCAAGAGAAGAGAGGAGGAGCCAGUUUUGACUCCAAGAUCGUCCAGAAGAGAUUCUGCCGCUCAGCUUCAAGAGCUUGGUCUUGGUCUCGACACUGACGACUUUGAGGUGAAGAGCAAGACGGCACCUUUCGACCCACGCCGUUCUUCUCACCACCGCAGAACCCUGUCUGACCUCGGUGCUUCUAUGGAGCAGGAGGCCCAGCGCCUGUGGUCGGGAAGCUCUUGCGAAAGCCCUAUUUCCGAUGUGGAGGACGAGUUUGACUUGGCUCCUCAUGAGGAGUACUCUCACAAGCGUCUGAACCAGGUGUUUGACAGCAACAGCUUCGGUAUCAAGGGUCUUGCGCCAAUUGCCGAGACUGAGAUUGACGAGGAGACCUCGGACUACGACAGCUCCAACAAGGACGGUUCUUCCAGAACGUCGUCGCUUUCCUUGCACAACCUGGACUACAAGUCGUCCAUCUCGUCUGGCUCGGGCUACUCCCCAGAUGUGGCCAAGAACUACGCUGGUUUCCGCAACCACAACACCAAGAUGUCCCAGCUGAGCGACAUUAGCUUCAUGCAACUGUUGCCUGCUCCAUCUUCCACGGCUUUCCCCAUGAUGCACCGUAGCUUUGGCUCCACUCCUUCCUUGUCGACCAGAUCGAUGUACACUCCAGGCAAGAGGGCCUCUAUGGGCUUCAUGCGCUCUUCCUUUGUGCUCAAGAAGGAGAUGGAGGAGUUGGGCUACAACCACCCAGAGAAUGUUUCUUUGCUGAAUGUGUCUUUGACCGAGUCUGCCUUCCCCGAGACCCGUGAGCCUCUUGCUCCACCAUCUUUGGCCAAACUUACAUCUUCUCGCAGUGUUUCGUCCUUGCCUUUGCAGCCACCAGCUCAGCCAUUCAAGAAGGAAGCACCUGCUGCUCCAAAGACGGCUCCAGCUGCCAACAAGAAGGAGAAGAAGGAGAAGAAGGGAUUCCGUGCUAAGCUUGGAUCGUUUUUCGGCACCAAGGAGCAGAAGCCAAAGCCUACUCCAGCCAAGAUCCUGGCACCUAUCCAUGCACCUCUUCCACCAUCCACCAAGGGCACCACCAAGGAGGUUCCUCCUCCUGUGACGCACGUUGCUCCUAACAGAAAGCCAUCCAAGGCCCCUACGCCUAGCCAGCCUAGGUUUGACGCUAGACGCAGUUCGGUGAGCUCCUCUGCUUACGAGGUUUCCACCAUCAACACCACCAGCCGUGUGUCUGCCUCAGAUGUCAGAAGACAGAGCAAACAGCCUCCUGUGGGCUACGCUGCCCUGGUGUACUCUAGACCUGUUGUCAACGACAACGAGUCUGUCUACUCCACUGACCUGACGACAUCUGGCUUCUCUUUCUUCAAGAGCAAGAGCAAGCUGCGGUAUGAGUCUUUCGACGACCAGAAGAGGAAAAAGAACAAGUACAAUGUCAAGAAGGUGCCUUACAAGACGGUCUACAUCAAGGACUUUGUUCGUUAA